CGCCGCCCAGCCCCUCCGAGCCACGCGCCCGUCCUCCGCUCUUCAAACUCUCCUCUUCCCCAAGAAACAAACGCCAGCCACGGUUCGGUCGCCACACCGCUGGUUUCUCGUGGUCCGUUCGCGAGCUGCCCCUCGUCUUGUACGAAGACGGUUCGGUUUAGGUGCGGGCUCACCUGCACCAUUGUCCGUACAGCGCCUAGCGGGUGAGGGUCCCGAUUUGGGAGCAGGACGCCCAGGAAACGCCUUCAAAGUCAUAAGAAAGGGAAUUGCUUUGUCGCCCUUGUAAAUCGACCCCGUGAAGUCCAACGCGCGCCGUGCUUCCCUGGUCGUCCUUCGUGGAAGACGGGUCUGGCCCUGUGCUCGGUGCAGUGAUAACAGGUUCGCUUCUCUCUCGUCUUUCGUGGAAGAUUUUUUAAUACAUUAGACAAGUUUGUGAGGACUGAAAAAAAAAAAAAAAUGGGAUAGGGGUUUUGAAAUAUCUUCCGUGGCGAUUGAAUCUGCUCUCACACAUCUAUCGCCCCUUUACUUAACGUGUACGGUUGCCCGCGCUCACGCUUUCGUCGGACGUCUUGCAGUAUUUCGCAGAUGCUCUUAGAGCCCCAGCGCCUGGAGUCUUGCCUCCCAUUUAAAAAAGAAAAAAAAAAGCAAGUUUCAAGUUCCCACGGUGGCAGACAGAAGCUUAAAGUGAAUCAAGCGCACCCUAAAAAUCGCAGAAGCCAGAAGACAAAUAGGAAGAACCCAAAUGCCUAUUCUUUUUUAUUUAAAAAAAAAAAAAAUCACGAUUUUUGGAGUUUGAUUUUUUUAACUGUUCAAUACACAAGGUUGGCAAUGCUGCAUAUGUACAGCAUAUUAAAGACCUGAUCGUACUCCCAUUAAAACCAAAGGCAAAACUCUGAAGUUUUACAGGAGUGGAACAGAAGAUGGGUGCUGUGCUCAUGCUUCAUUGCCAGGUAUGGCUUGUCCUGGUUGCAUGGAUGACUAAACAUCAAGACCAAAAUGCUCGUGUGCAAAGCUCGCGUACUCAGCACUCUCACGUGUGGUGGGGAAACUUCUGGACAUUAAGAGAAAAGUUUGAACAGCUGCCACCCGCGCUGUUCAUGCCUCAUACUCGACCUCAAAUGCAAAAUAAAAUUGCCAACACAGAGGUUCUUCAAAGGACAAAUUUACCAAGUGUGACAGCCCUACUCAGACAGAGACAACUGCGCUGGCUAGGCCAGCUGAGUAGAUUGGAAGAUGGACACAUACCCAAGAACAUCCUGUACAGGGAAUUAUUGGAGGGAACAGGAAGAACAGGACACCCCCAGCUUUGUUAUAAAGACACAUGCAAGAGAGAUAUGAAGGCAUUUGGACUUGAUCCUGGCCAAUGGGAAACCUUGGCAAGCGAUCCGAACAAGUGGCAUCAUCGUCUCCACCAGGGCAUUAGAGCCCAUGACAGGAAUUGGCCCCAACAGCUUGAACUGAAAAAAGUCUGUAAGAAGCAAGCAGCUCCCAAACCACCCCACCGCGAUGCAUAUGUUUGCAACCAGUGCCACAGAUCAUGCAAAUCUGAGAUGGAAUUAUUCGGUCACAUGAGACAUUGCAAACUGUUUAUGUCAUAGGCUGCAAUUUCUACCAUCUUUCACAGACUAAAGGAUGCCAUAAAAAAAAAAAAAUUGAAAAUAAAGCCAUGUUUCCAAGACAUGCAAUGAUAUUCAAAGUGCAGAACACAAAUAAAUGUCACCAAAAUCAAUGAGAGAUGCUGGUAUUCAGGAUUUUGCUAAUUAGACCCAUGGGAUACUGGGGGAUGGUGCAUACUUAUGCAAUUCCUGAUUUUCCAAGAUGCCUAAUGAUAUAAACCCAUAACAGAGGGAAAGGAUCAAACCCUUGUGGCUUCUUGCGUACAAAAGAGCCUCCACUGCUGACUCACAUGGGAGCCACAAAUCUUGGAAACUGUACCUUCCUUUGAUGUCAGGCCAGGCCUCUCUCAGUCUGCUCUCUGGUACCAUAUAAACCACUACAGACUGUUCCAUGGUCGGGUUGUCAGCAACUAAAUGCACUGCCACCUGAGCUAGCCUGGGUGAGAAGGGUGCGUGGACACCCAGCAGGACUAAAAACAAGACCCCUCAAAGGGUGGAUGAGCUCCCCAUGAGCCAACAGCCAUCCAUAGCUGGAGAGGAGAUGGGCGCCACCAGGUCACUCUGCCCAAGGAAUCACUGGUGAUGCAAAGCAACUCAACUAGGGUGGUUACAGCCUCUAAGAUGCCCCAACGGUUGAGCAGCCUCGGGAUUGACUUGCCUUGCCUUGCACCUUCCUGUGAGGGAUAAAUACAGCCUGCUGCCCAGCAUGGUUUAAAAGACCCUCCUUGUCCACCCUUUUAAUCUAUUUUCCAAGGAGGUGACUGUUUCAGACUCAUUUAUAAAACCAAGGUCUUUAGUUCAAGCUGAAGAGAUGCAUGCUUUUAGCUCCCAUUUCAGUCCCCAGUGCCAACUAAGAGACUGGCCAUCUCAUGCAGAUUAAAGGCACAGAAUAUAGUCUGAUGUGUCCUUCUGCCUUCUCCUAUUUCAGUCCUGUUCUUGCAAUGAAUAUUCAGAGGGUUCCUGCAGCCCCUGAGGUUUUGACAUGGAGAAAAUUUCUCCUUUGCACAAUAAAACUCAGGCAGUUGGGGAAAUUUAAAAUGAGCUUUGAACUAAGGAGUUCAGGCUCCAGCAGAGGCCAAGUGGGGAUACAUACUCUGAAGACAACCCUACCAAAGACAGGGAAGAGAGAAAGGUAUCUGGGGCAUUUCUGUGCCACCUUAGUACCACACCACUCUGUGCUGUGUUUACUUUGUGUGCGCCGUCUUUCCUGACAGAAAUCAUAUUGCCACCUGAGAGUGCAAGAACUCGCAGCUCUGCUACUUUCAUUUCAUAACGUAGCACAGAGAAAGGGGGCACGGCAGACCUCAUGCCUUUCCUCCCUCCCACCCCAACCAGGAGUCUCCUACAAGAGAUCAGCACACGAGAGGCUGUACAUUACUCCAGAAGAGUCAUGUAGUUCUCAGCUAUGAUAUGGAAUCAGCUUUUGACCACAGCAAGCAUGAGCUAGAUUAAAAGGGAUGUCUGCUUCUACAAUCCACUCCCUCUCCCCUCCCUGGUCUCUCCCAGUUUCCACAACUGGGUUUUGUUGUGGGUUUUUUUGUUUUCUUAAUUUUAGACGACAGCACGCACCUGUUUGCCAUUUCUCAGCAGAGUUGCCUGGCAGGCUGCACAUCAUCAUGCAAACACCCAUUAAAAUACUACCUGCCAUCAUUAUGGCAAGGGUGUAUAAAAGUCCAGAUUCCAGAAUGAAGUAAGAACUCCCAACACUAGACAGACCAAACAAUAACGACCCAGGGCAAUUUAUCAUGGCAAGGGAAAAGGAUCAACAGGGUUACAUUGAAGAUAUCUCACUCUACCACUGAUUUCUCCAUCAAAAGAGUCCACGCGGUUCUCUACCACUCUGGUUUGAACAGGAUAACUGGUGCCUGAGGAAGCUGAUCACUGUGAGGCCUAAUUUACCUGGGAGAGAUCCAAUGAAGAUGGGGUCAUUUUCUGCUGCCUCUACCCAUAACUGCAUCUCUAUUCUGGGUGCUAAGAGUCAAAGAAACUUCUAUCGCUAAACACGACCAGCGGUACCCCAGUUUGUCUUGAACAUCACCUUUUGAAGGAUUCUGCCCUUUAUGGCGUGUCAUUCUGGUCCUAAUGAUAUCCUGGCACUUAGGAACAUCAAGAAACCCCCAGCGGUGGAUGUAAACACAACGUGUUGACCAGGAGAAGCCUCCAUUGGCUUCAGGAGCUUAGAUCAGAUUUGUGAACAUUUAGAAAAUGCAUUUACCACCAAGGAAAAAGCUUCGAUGGAACCGUGUCUUUUUCCUGCUGGCCAUGAUAUUGACUUUCUCCAUCUAUCAGUUUAUCUAUAAACCCCAAAUCCUUUCAGCCUUCUGGGGAGGAUCUCAACCUGAGGAGCAAGUGAAAGUGGCCAUCAGGGACCUUUCUAGUAACACGACUGCUGCAGCACAGAAUGACACCACAACACCCAAGAUAAGGCAAUGCGUGUAUGUGGAUCCUGAGCCAACUGUGCCCAUCUCUGUGGCAGUGAGUCCAAGCCCCUUGCCAGGAGAUGUCACAUCCAGCCACCCAGAUGAAGAGAGGCACUCUCCCACACAUGCCCCUAAAGGAGAGUACCCCCAAGACCUGUUCAGUGUGGAGGAGCGCAGGAAAGGGUGGGUUAUACUUCACAUCUUUGGUAUGAUGUAUGUGUUUGUGGCUUUGGCCAUAGUGUGCGAUGAAUUUUUUGUCCCUGCUUUGGGAGUGAUCACAGAAAAGUUGCAGAUCUCUGAUGAUGUGGCAGGAGCCACCUUCAUGGCAGCAGGUGGAUCAGCACCAGAACUCUUCACAUCUCUCAUAGGUGUCUUCAUCUCACACAGCAAUGUGGGCAUCGGCACCAUUGUGGGCUCAGCCGUGUUUAACAUCCUCUUUGUCAUUGGUACCUGUGCCCUGUUCUCCAGGGAGAUACUCCAUCUGACCUGGUGGCCACUGUUUAGAGACAUCUCAUUCUACAUUUUAGACCUAUUGAUGCUCAUCGCAUUUUUCCUAGACAGUUUAAUUGACUGGUGGGAAAGCCUCAUGUUACUGAGUGCCUACAGCAUGUAUGUGGUCACCAUGAAAUGGAAUGUAUACUUUGAACAAUGGGUGAAGGAUCUGUUGAGCAAGAGGAGAAAUUUCGUCCAGGCGGCGGCUUUAGAAGUAAAAAAGAAGAAAAGUACGGGGUCUAUCCUCGAAGAUGGAGCAAAAUCACCAGGAGAGGGCAAGAGGCUGCAGCUCAUGCCAUCCUUGCAGCGAGGAGGCAGCUCAGCCUCUCUCCACAACAGUCAAAUGCGCAGCACCAUCUUCCAGCUCAUGAUCCACACCCUGGACCCCCUGGCAGAAGGUGAGCAGAUGCCGCUCAGCUAUACGAUCCCGUGCCCUACCCCUAUUGCAGCCAAGUUUAAAGACAAGGUUGACAUCUUGAGAAACAUGGCCAAGGCCAAGAUUGACUCUCAGCUCAAGCUAGCCACAAAGUCAGGUGAGGAAGCUCAGGUACCCAGUGCCGUGAAAGUGACCCCAGCCAGCGACGACGAGCCCAGCAAAGAGCAGGAUGAACAGAAUGCUGAUGCCAAUGCGGAUCCCGAUGCAAAAGCAGAUGCAGAUCCAGAUGCAAAGGGAGAUGCAAAUGCAGAUCCAGAUGCAAAGGGAGAUGCAGACGCCCCUCAGGACGAGCAGCCCUCUUCAGAGGGUGAGGGCUCAGAAGAGAGCAGCUCAGAGGAGGACAGCGAUGAUGACAGUGGGGAUGAGGACGAUGGCGAUGAUGAUGAUGACGAUGAAAACGAUGAGCCGCUCUCCCUUGAAUGGCCAGAAACCAGGAGAAAACAAGCAGUGUACCUCUUCCUCCUGCCCAUUCUGUUCCCCCUCUGGACUACCGUGCCCGAUGUUAGGAACCCGAACUCCAGGAAAUUCUUUGUCUUCACGUUUCUCGGGUCCAUCCUCUGGAUCGCCAUAUUCUCCUACCUCAUGGUAUGGUGGGCUCACCAGGUUGGUGAAACAAUUGGGAUUUCGGAGGAGAUUAUGGGCUUGACGAUCCUGGCCGCAGGGACUUCCAUCCCUGACCUCAUCACAAGCGUCAUUGUUGCUCGCAAAGGUUUGGGCGACAUGGCCGUCUCCAGCUCUGUGGGUAGCAACAUCUUCGAUAUCACCGUGGGUUUGCCAGUUCCUUGGUUCCUUUAUUCACUCUUCAACGGAUUCAAAUCGGUUCCUGUCAGCAGUAAUGGCCUGUUUUGUGCAAUCGUUCUGCUCUUCCUCAUGCUCCUGUUUGUGAUCAUCUCAAUCGCCACAUCCAAGUGGAAGAUGAACAAGUUCUUGGGGUUUACCAUGUUUGCUCUGUACUUUGUAUUUCUUAUUGUCAGCGUGAUGCUUGAAGAUAGGAUCAUAUCCUGCCCAGUAUCCGUAUGAAGGCUGGACAAGCCGGGACACAAAGGAG